GACUGAAAAGUUGUGUCGUAAGAAUGGAUCACCAUACGGUAUUUGAAGCCGGGGUGGAGACGAGGCGCUGCCAAAUCCAUGGAAACCUGUUGGGUUUUGGCCUUGCCGGCAGGGUGCUCACUACUGCCGCCUCCUGGGCAGCGGGGGCGCUGCGCGGCAGGGCCCCGCCGCCAGGACUUGGCUCCCGGGAACGUGGCGCUGGGAAAACCCGAGUGGGAAACGGAUCCCCGAGAUUGUCUUCUUGCUUACAAGCAUUGAUCCAGUUUUGGAUUGUGGAAUGGCUCAGGACACUACUGUCCCCAAAUUGAACUUUGAGUAUUGGUUGGAUAAAGCUGUUGAAUGGGGUCAAGCCACUACUUUGGAAUCACAGAAGGAUGUGUGCCUUCACUUGCCCCAGCUCCAGGAAUUUCUACAUCAGCUUUAUGAAACAAUAAAACAUUUGCAGGGUCCCACUGCAGCAAUCCAGCAGUUCCCUUUAAUUGGACAGCUUCUAGGAAGGCUCUGUUGGAAUCCUUUUGUUAUUGGAUAUGAUGAAAGCCAGAAGACUCUGAUGUGGUGCUUGUGCUGUCUGUACAGCAGUGAACCACAGAAUGCUGUGGAACUGAAGGCCAACAGCUGGAUAAGGAGUUUGCUGUGCCAUCUCCUUUCCUCUUCUAAGUGGGAAAGUAAUGAAGCGGAAACCAGUACAUUCAUAUCAGCUCUGGGCUACACAUCAGCAGAUUAUUAUUGUCACUUGGUUAAAAAUAUGGUCGUUUCAUUAGUAACAGAACUCAGAGAAAACCAGUUCAAUGGACUUAGCAUUCAAGAGAACAUUUCAGCCAGUCGUGUGAAUGCUAUUUCCAUUUUCUGUGUGCCUCUCAUUACUUUGCCUGAUCUAACUCCAUUGCUGGAAACUCUCCUUCUUUACCAUGGAGGGUCAUCAAAAGAAGUUCUCAGUUCAGAGUUUCUAGAGGCUGUGAAUGAGGCCUUUUUAAAGAAGAAGAUCUCCCUUCCUGAAUCAGCUGUCUUCAGCCUUUGGCUUCGUCACUUACCAAGCCUUGAAAAAGCUACCUUACAUCUCUUAGACCAGGUGUUUUCCAUUCAGUUGAAUUCACUGGAAGAAGUGGCUUGUGUCAUAAAAGACUCACUGCUGCCACAAGCAGCAAGCCAUCCUGCUAUUUUCAGAAUUGUAAAUGAAAUUUUCAAGAAUGCACUGAUGGAAACUGAUGGAACUUCAGAAGUUAUGACAAUAAUAAAGGUGUUUACACAGCUCUUCCUUCUGGCUUAUCAGAAUGAAAACAAACAGCCUAAAUUUCCACUGAAGGCCUACUUCCCGUACCAUCACCAGCCUCUUGUUAGAAGUUUAGUCAGACGUCCUUUUGAACUCUCAACUGCAUAUUGGUCUCAACACGUGAAACACAUUUCGGAUAUGCUCAAAGCAUUAGUAGAAGAUACAAACGUUAGUUCUCUCACUGACCUCUUUGAAAUCUGGUUUUUGGUUGCUUGUUUUGGAGAAUGGCUGGAUAUAGCAGCGGAACAAUUACUGAAGGCUGCUGUGGAACCAGAUCCUGUGCUGUGGCUGCUGGCAUUCUACUACUGUCCUAAGAAUGAAAAUCAACAAAGGACUCAAACAAUGGUAGAAGCCCAAGCAGUCUACAAUCAUCUGAUGAUGCUGUUCAGCUGCGCAGACCUUUCUCUCAAAGACCUGGAGGCUGCUGUACGCAGGGUAACGGGUAUAGAGCAGUGUUGUAACCAGCGACUCACAAUGCAUCUUCUGACCAACUUCUUGCUCUUUUCAUCUGGUGGACAUAAGAUUGCCCAGGAAUGUAUUUACCAUAUUACUGAGAUAACUGAUACAAGCAAAGAAGUUUAUAACCUUCUAAUCCAUACUGCUUACAGACUUAACCAUAGCGGAGAAGAAAACCAAAGGACUGUGAAACUGAUGAAUGAACUUCUUCAAAAACUUAAAUUGAAAGUUUAGAAUUUUAAUGUGUUCUAUUUAUCAAACCAAUAAAUCAGUUCUUUAUCCAGGUGUCAGACUUCCAUUAGCAUCUAGCACUGCAGGUUACCAAGGGCACUGCUAAUUUAUAUUCCCUCAUCUAUAUUGAAAAAUAAUCUGUUGUUUGGAAUUGUUAAUCUUUUGAAACAUAGCAGUAAUAUUAAAGAUGCUUGAAAAUUUUGUUCUGAGUACCUUCUGUAACAAGGGACCCACAUCAUUUAAAGUAGUUAGUUCAUCUCCUUGUUUAUCUGGCUGAGGAUCAGUUUUUUCUCUCAAAUUACUCAUGUGGGGUUUUUUAAGUAAAAUAUCCAAUUGCUUGAUUGGUAAGUUGUUACUAAAAUGUUUUGUUCUGUGCUUCUGCUUUUAUGUAACUAAUGAUGAUCUCAAGUGAUUCAUAGUGUUCUCAGGAAAUCAGUGAGUGAUAUUUCCUGAGCUCUUUCCUUCUUUUUGAAAAUGUUUCCAAAAUGAAACUCUUCCCAGAUUUGCUAAAUGUGGGGGUUUUUCAAUACUGCAGCUUUCACAGGACAGUGUUCUCCUCUAAGUACUAGACCAAUAGCUGGUCUUUGUCAAAAGAUACUGCAGGCAUAAAAUUUCUUGCAGUACAGCCCACUUAACAGUGUGCCAUGACUGAUGCUAUUAUUUAUUUAUUUAAGAAAUAUGGGGCUUUUAUUCAGACAAAGAGGGCAAGCAAAACAGAGACAUAGCGACAUCUUCCAGUUCAAAGGGACAGAUUUCCUAUAAAGGUUGCAACUCAUUGUCUUCAUUUUUGUGUCCAGCAGUAAUUUGCUUACUUCUUUGUUUAGGUUUUUUGAGUCCUGCAAGGAGCAUAGACAGGUAGCAAUGGCUUAUGUUUUUUACCCUUAGGAAGGUAUUUGUCCCUAGAAGUUUAGUGAACCUGUCUCUAGCUUAACUAGAAAAAAAACCAUGGAGAAUAGCAGUGACAGAACAUCCUAACUUUCCUCAGUAAUUUGUUCCCCUGUAUUACUUAUCUGUAAUGCCAAUGCCUGCAGUAUGCUACUCAGAGAUGCUACUUGAAAUUCUGUUCUUGCAUAUAAAAUCCAAGACAUGUAUCUUGAAUUAAUAAAGCUUUUUGAAUGUAGCAUUUGUUUUUGAGCAAGGGGAAAGAAAAACAGUGUACUUAGUGUCCUUUGGCUGUAAGAAGUGGAAAGAUAUUUUAUGUUAUGCUGUUAACUGAUUUCUUACAACUUUGUUCCCAGUGAGUCAUAUUACGGAAGUUACAUGUCCUCUCGGUCAGUUUGCUAGUGAAAAAAUAACCAACACAUAAUGUAUAUCUGCAAAGAAAAGGGUUUUUUCUUUUUUUUUUUUUGAUUAAAAAAUAUUUUUAAAUGAAAAGUCAGAAAGAAAUAAUCUAAAAAAAGUAAAAUCAAGCAACCCAGUUUUCUGUUCCCUGAAUACCGUAACUGAAAAGCAUGGGAUUAAACGAAAUUAUUUUUUGGUCACAAACUCAGAGGUAUUCAUCAAGUAGAAACAGAUGUGGAAUUCUCUGUUUAGAAUGAUAAAUAAUCUAAUAUUUUAACUUAAAUGAAAAAUGAUUUUUUGUUUAUUUUUGGUGGUUUUGUUUGUUGGUUUAUUGGUUUUGAGUUUUGGGGUUUUGUUUGUUUGGUUUUGUUGUUGUUGUUUUUUGGUUUUUUUAAAAUUUUGGUUUAAUGUCUAAUCUGGAUGUUGGAUGUGAGGAAAAAAACAAAGGUUUUUCUAUAUUGUGCCUGUAUGUAAUUUUAACUAUGUAGAAGAAAGAUAGCAAAGAACUGCAAUAUCUUAAUUCUUGAAGAUUAAUUAGGUGAAUGAUGUGGGUAUAAUAUUUAGAUGUGUAUGGCAGUUUUUGGACAGGUAUUAUUAAGUAUCUUUUCAUUAUCAGUGUUUUUAUUUUUCCAUUUACAAAAUGCAUGAAAAUUCUUCUAACUUCAUUUAACAAAAUCAUUCUGCUGAUAAGUAAGGAUAAUAGAAUUAAGCAGGAAGGAAAUGUACAAUGAAGGCAGUAAAAACCUAGAAUUAGUACUGAAUUGAUACAUUCUUGUUUUCUUGUGUUUGUAAGAAAAACUGAACCAUUUAAAUACUAAGGAUGGUUCACUAGUUUCAGGAGGCUCUAAGGAAGAAACCUAAUUGAUACUGUCUGUACUGAAGAAAGAUACAUCUGUACUGGCAUUCUUUUUGCUCUUUUUAGCAUAGUGGUUAUAAAUUGUUGGUAUUUCUUUUUCCUUACUCUUUCACUAUGCUUGAAUUAUGAUCUAACUUUGAUAUAAGCUGUGAUUUUGUGGGAUGUUGAAGCUACUUUUGUUAGUUUGCCAGUGGAAGGCUACAAAGCAAUUUGGUAGAUCUGAGUAAUGGAAGAUUUCUCAUACAGUGGCUUCUGCAUUAUCCAUCCAAUGUGCAUCUUUUCCUCUGUAAUUGCUGCUCUCUGGAAAUGUUCUUUGUGGCCUUCAAGGCCAUACUUCUUUGCUGAGCCAGCCAAGUCCUGAAAUCAGACUUCAAGUAGAUUGUUCCCUUUCAUUCUGUCUGCAGCACACACCCUGGUUCUGGACAGUACAUAGAGAACUUCUCAAAACUGUUCUGCUUCAAGGCAUUUUUUUAAUAAGAAUGCAGGCAGUGAAUUUUACUUCUUUGUUGAUUAUGCUCCUUUCCAGUCUAAGACUGCUAAGUUAGAGCUUUUUGAAUUCUGCAAGCUUUGCAGCAUGAUGCUGGUUGGUUUCUGUGGAUUUUCUUCAGGCAGAAAAAAGGUCAUUUCUGUGGCUUUUAUUUAAUCAAGAUCUCAGUACAGUGCCUAUACAAAGCAGAAUGUAUUUUAUUUUGUCAUGUGUUGUCAUAUACUGUGAUUUAGCUGACCAACAACUAGCAUAAUUUAUUGUGUUACUGCUAGCAUUUGUGAUUAAGUUUCUGUACUCUCAGCAUUGUAAGUGUCAAGAGGUGUUAACAGACACUAUGAAUUAAUAUUUGCUUCAGUGAGCUGAAAACUGUGAUAUAUGUUUGGUUUGGCAGCGAUGCAAUUAAAAAAAUCUGAAGCAAUAGCACUAUAGAAGUAUAGGAUAAAACAUCUAGCACAAAAUACUUGCAGUUACUAAACAAAAUACUGUUAAAUCAGAUUUACACCGUUUCAUUGCUGUGUUAUCUAAUGUCAGAAUAAAGUACCUAAUGUUCUGUG